CCCUGGUUGGCAAGGGGGCCCGCUGAUCCGUCCCGCGGCCGUUCACUUGGGUGGAGCAGUCGCCAUGCCGAAAGCAGCUUGGAGCAAACCGCUUCGGCAGAGAAAAUAGAUCAAGCCUGUCGCACAACUCACGACAGAAAGCGCGCACCGCUACGACAAAACGUUGUGCGAGUAGAGGAGAUACGUAGCAACGGGGGGGACAGCUGUCAACGCGAUUAUGAUAAGCCACCAAGGUCCACUCAGCAGGAAAUCCAUCUGCAGCCAACAGCACCCCCAUACGCAAGUAACCACGUUGAAGCAACGCGCUAGCUCGUGCAUGCCUCCAUUUGCGUCACUCCGCCUGGUUUUGUGUGAAUUCGUGUUUGCUGUGAGUGGCGGCCCGAUUUCUGCCACCACACCAGCACCCUUAUCAUGAGGCUCCACGGUCGGGCAGCAGUCCUGCUGUUGUUCUGUCUUGUGGUAUGCGUCUCAGCCUGGACUAAGGAGGAUUAUGAGAUCUUUCGUCUAAAAGACGAGGUCUCAUCCCACGAGGGCAGCAAUGUGACGUUCUACUCCUUCCUAGGCAUACACCCAAGCGCCGAACAAGAUGACAUCAAUAAGGCUUACCGCAAGCUUUCCCGCACAUUGCACCCAGACAAGGCACGGAGCAACUGGAUUGCGAACUACAACAUCCCUACCAAGACAAAGACGAAGCCGGGAGCGAAGCCAACCGUUCACGUCCACAAGAACAAGCAACCUUCGCAAGGCGAGAUCAACCGCUUCGACAAGGAAGCUUCCGCGCGGUUCGAGCGGUUAAGCUUGGUAACUAACAUCCUGCGCGGACCCGAGCGAGAGCGUUACGAUCACUUCUUACGGAAUGGCUUCCCUAAGUGGAGAGGGACGGGCUACUACUAUGAGCGCUUUAGGCCGGGCCUCGGCACGGUGCUCAUCGGACUGUUCGUGGUAGUCGGCGGAGGCGCGCACUAUGCGUUUCUGUAUCUGAGCUGGAGACGGCAGAGAGAGUUCGUUGAGCGCUACAUCAAGCAAGCUCGUCGCAUGGCUUGGGGUGACGAGGGUGGCAUUGGGGCUAUACCAGGGCUCGGUGGCCCAGCCGCCAAUGGCUCUGCGCAACCGCAGCAGUCCGCGGCAGACUCGGAAGGCAGCAUGCAGUGGAACCGAAGGCAGAAGCGCGCAAUGGAGAAAGACAAGCGGAAGGAGUCCAAAGCUCCUGUGAAGAGUGCGAGGGUAGCCAGGAAGGCCAAGGAAGAGGGUGUGAGCACGCCGGUCGAAGCUGAGAUCACCUCUGGACCAGUGGGCGCGAAGAAGCGGACAAGGGCGCCGAAUGGCAAGAUCUUGAUUGUGGAUAGUGCUGGUAACGUGUUCUUGGAAGAGGAGACAGAAGAAGGCGACAUUCACGAAUUCUUGCUCGAUCCCAAUGAGGUCCCUCGACCCUCGAUCCAAGAUACAUUCCUGGUCCGCGGUCCCCUGUACCUCUACAACAUGAGUCUCGGUCGCGUAUUGAACAAGCAAACGCCGGACCACGUCGCCUGGGAGGUUACAGAUGGCGCCGAGCAGGGACAGCCUGAUGAAAUCGAAGCCUCUCUCAAUGCCGCGUUACCCGCCAAUGCGAGUGGUGAGGCUCGGAAGCGGAAGACCAAGGCGAACUCAUAAGCCUGACCCCGUUGAUAGACUGUAUAGACGCAGACAAAAGCAUUGUUGGCCGCCACGCCUUGCUUAGAUCGCUUUCUUGGUCUGAUAUAUGCCUCCUGUGACGCCUCGCUAAGGCCUCAAUCGUACCAGUCCUAAGCUAGAAGAAGCUUUGUGCGCCGCUGAAGACAAUCCGCACUAGCUCGAAGAUGAUGCCACC